CGCGCUCUGCUGAGCGAUUGUUUUUGAGCCUGAUGAGCAUGGGUCGAUUUUCAGUAGGAUUCCUUCCCCCUCCUUUUUUCUGUGAUAAUUAUUAGCUAUGCUGAUGACGAGGAACGGGAAGGGUGUAUGCACCUCGGGAAGCUUUGCUUUCUGUGCUCUGUUUCCUCUAUGCUUCUGUAAAAAACUGUUAAUGCGUGCCCUUUUGAAUGGGCUCUGUAAGACAGUUUAACGAGCAACUCUUCCACACUUAUUCUUCUAAGUAGACAGCUUGUUUACUCAGGAUUUUAGUCAUUGAUGAAUGCAUCUUUCUGGCCCCAACACUAGCCAGAAAUAAUUUCUACUGUCUCUCAGGUGAUGUGCUGCUGUUGCUUUUUAAGAGACUCAUGACACUUCUUAGAUGACUGGCUUACGUUUUGCAAAAAAGAAACCAUUGCUUCUACAGCAGCUUCAGGGAAAAGACAGAGAUUUAAAUGGGACACAGAAAUUGCAUUUACCCUAGUCAGGGCUCUUCUGGACCAAUACGUCACAUGAACAGGUGAAAUGAAAUUACCUACUGCAUGCAGCUGCCUGUUGAGUAUCUGACUGGCAAUUUUCCUCCCUGCAGAGUGUCACAGAAGCAGCAUGAGAGGCCUUUCCUGCCACAGGUGCUGUGCUCUACACCAACUUUCAAAGAUGCUAUGCAGCAAGACAGCAGAGACUUUGAAAGCCCCACAAAGGAGAGUAGCUGGUUUAAGUACUCAGGCUGGCAUGUACCUCAGGCCUUGCUGUUUCAGAAGAAAGGCCCAGACCCUCUGACUCAGUUCACUCCUCCACUUGACACAGGGAACUUGCAGUCUGAGAUGAAAGAUCUCGGCAGUCCGAUUGCUGUCACAGGAUCUCAUGCCCAGAGAAUACUGGGGAGCCUGAGUGGUUUUGCAGAGCUGUUUCCUGAUGAACAAGAGGAGAUGGAGAAGCUGGUAGCUGGGGAUCUGUCUUCCAGCAUGGCUGUCUUGCUCUCUGGACCCCUCCUCACCCAGGACAUCAAUAUCAGUGAGGUUUCCAUGAACAGAAGCCGUCUGUAUCGCUCUCCUUCAAUGCCAGAGAACUUGAACAGGCCAGUACUGAAACGAAUAGUACAGUGCCAGGAUAAUGAAACUCCUGUAAAAGUGAAACGGAGGUGCAGCCGAGCUGAUAACGAGCCAGAAGGGGGUGUGACCCUGAAGAAGACAGCUUCACUCUCCAGUGUGGACAUCAUCAAAAUCCUAGAUCAGGACAAUGGUCUCAGACAGCUCAUCGGGGACUUCUCCAAAGUGUAUGCACUGCCAACUGUGACAGGACAGCACCAAGAUCUGCGCUACAUCACUCCAGAGACUGUGGCUGCUCUGCUCUCUGGGCAAUUUCAAAGCCUGAUCGACAAGUUCUACAUCCUUGACUGCCGCUAUCCUUAUGAGUAUAAGGGGGGGCACAUCAAGGGGGCUGUUAACUUUCACAGGCAGGAAGACAUCUUCGAAUUCUUCCUGAAGAAGCCUCUCCUCCCUUCUAUGCCACAGAAACGCCUGAUCCUUGUGUUCCACUGUGAAUUCUCCUCUGAGAGGGGCCCCAAGAUGUGCCGCUAUCUUAGGGAAGAAGAUCGUGCCAUGAAUGAGUACCCUGCGCUGCAUUAUCCUGAGCUGUAUGUCCUGAAGGGAGGCUAUAAGGAAUUUUUCCCUGAGUACAAGGAUCUGUGUGAACCCCAGAGCUACUGCCCAAUGCACCAUCAGGAUUUCAAAGCAGAGCUGAUGAAAUUCCGCACCAAGAGCAAGUCAUGGAAUGUGGAGCGGAGGAAGUGUGACCAGAUCACUCGCCUCAUGAAACUGUACCUUGCCAGCCUACUGAAACAGUAAAAUCUUGUUCUCAGUUCCAUUAUUUUUCUGUCUGUUACUGUGUUUGAUACAGGCUAUGCCUCUGAACAGUUGCUGCCCCUAAGGCACUGCAGCAUGUGCCUGGGUCUGUCUUGCCACUGCCACAUCCAUUGUCCUGCAUGCUAAAUUAGCCUCAGUUCAGACAAAGAGAGAGCAAGUAGCUGCUCUGACAAUACACCUCCUCAAUAUACCCGGAUCAGAACAACAAUCCAGCAUUUGCAGGGCUCAUAGCACAUCACUUAAAUGUCUUUGAAUCAAAAUCUAGUGGAAUGUGUUAUUAGAACUAAAUCUGGGCUGAGGUUGUUACUUGCUCUAUGUUUUUGUCUCUGAAAAAACUAGGCUUAAGGUAGUACAACAGUGGUGUUAGAUGGAACUUGUGCUUUCCUCUCUUUAAGAAAGAUUUUGGGAUUCCCCUUCCAAAUAGUUUUCCUU